GCGCGGGGCGCUGAGGGGGGCGGGCGGCCAUGGCGACGUUCUUCGGGGAGGUGGUGGCGGCGCCGUCCCGGGCCGGCGUGGACGACGAGGACGAGGAGGAGGCGGCGGGGCAGGCUCUGGAGGAGACGCCCGAGGACCGGGAGAUCCGCAGGAGGGUGGAGGAGAAGAGGGAGGUGGCCGUGCGCUGGGCGCUGCCCGCGGGAGAAGCCGCGCCGGGAGCCGCCGCCGAGCCCCUGCGCUGCUCCAGGUUUGUCGUCGCCGUGGGACACAACGCCGCAGCUUUUCUGUCGUCUUUUAUUCUGGAUUCUGUAUGUUGGGAAGUAGUUGGAGCUGUGAAACUGUGGAAUGAAUGGUGUCGAACAUCCAAUACAACAAAUGUCCUCCCUACAGAUUCUUUCUGCCUGUUCUAUAGAUUAAUAUCAGAUCCAACAGUUUUGUUGUGUCAGUGUAGUUGCUACGUUGCAGAGGAUCAACAGUUCCAGUGGCUUGAAAAGGUUUUUGGCCAUAUACAAAAGGAAGGCUUGCAAGUAACCAUUCUUUCAACGUGUCCUGUAGCUGAUUAUAAAACUCAGGAAUCCACGUUAACACUUCCAUCUCCAUUUUUGAAAGCCUUAAAGACGAAAGAAUUCAAAGAGCAGGUCUGCUGCCCACUGCUGGAACAACCAAACAUAGUGAGAGAUCUUCCUGCUGCUGUUCUGAGUUACUGUCAAGUAUGGCAGAUUCCUGCAGUAUUGUAUCAGUGUUACACGGAUGUCAUCAAAUUGGACACGGUUACGAUUGAAGCAUUCAAGCCUCUGCUUUCUUCAGAAACCCUGAAGAAUUUAGUCAAGGAUGUAUCUGAAAGCACAAAGAGUUUGAAGAAGUUACUGACAACCAAUGAAACUCAUAAUAAUAUCUAUAUCUAAAGAGGACACUUCCAACAGACUGCACUUUUUUAAACUCCAGUUUGUUCUGUAGAGGACACUUUGGAAUUGUAGUUUUUCCUUAAAAGUGGAAUAAAUUCUGCUCAAUUUUUACUUCUGAAUUCAUUUUCGUUACUUUCUAAUUCAUCACUACAAACAUAUUUCUUCUGCAGGGGAUGAGAGACUUUCUUCAGGAGCAAUUUUAUGUAGGAAAGAUAUCUUACAUAUGUAAGCAAUCUUUUUCUCCUCCUGAAGGAAUUGUCUAAUCUAAAUGUAUCUCUUAUAUACACAAAUGAAGAAAUUCAGGUAUUCUGUCUGUAUCUAAUGAGGGCACCUUUUUUUUUUUUUACUUCAGUUUGAGACAAAAGUUUCUUUUUAAUAUAUGAACCUCUUUAAAAAUUCGUCUGUGGUGAGGCAAAUAUUCUCUGCAUCUUUUUACACAUUUUGUGUGUGUGUGUAUAUAUAUAUAUAUGAAUUAUUUAUAUGUACCUGUGCAUAUACAGACUUCAUACCUAGUGAUACAAAAUGCAGUAAGUAAAGUAAGGUAAAUACCUUUUAAAGACUUCCUAGCGGACAACAAGCUUGCUUUACAGAUGAGGCAGGAACACAGAGCUUUUGACCUGUGUGGAAGGGCUGUGACUUGGAUUCAGUGAGUAGAUCACAAAGUCACAGUGGUUUAGGAUGACUCUGGCUGUAAGUCUGGCGGGAAGAGGUAUGUGUCCGUGUUCAGGUGCCUCAAUUCCUGUUUACAGUACCUCGCUGUGGGCUCACGUUUGUAGGCAAUUUCAACUUCAGAUGUUGAGCUGGAGCUGUAGGGGUGCAGGCACAGGCACUCCCUUCUGCCAGACCUCUGACAGAGACAGGAACCUCUCCCAGUGAAACAGGGUGGUGGGCUUGCAAGCUGCUUCAUCUGGAUUCACCAGGGCAAACUUUAAAAUUUUAAAUUUCAUCUUUUGACUUCAAUGAUUUUAGUUGCUGUCAAUAGUAAGAAGUCUCUCACGCUGAAGGUGUGAUUUUCAGAGAAAAGUAGAAAUUCAAAUUCUAAACUGUUUCAAAAGUCCUGAAAGUUUAUGACAAUUUAUACAGCAUAUUUAAGUUGUUUAUUAGGAUUGGCGUGUAUUUCUGACUGAUGAAAAUGCUGUUUAAUUCAAUGUUUUAUUUAAGUAUAAGAUGCUUAAGAAAAUAUUUCUGUUGCUACCAGGUGUGUCUCUGGUGCAGUCACUGAACAGCGAUCUCCAAAUUGCACAUAACCUGUCCUUUUGGGCAAUACGGGUAGUGGCUUCAGAGUUCUCUACUUCGUUUAACUUACACUGGAUGUCCAGUGGAAGUUUCUGAACGGUGCGUGUUCCCUUCGUGGAGCUGUCAUCCUUCCUGGUUUGAAAAUGGUUGGCGUAGUCAAUAUCCACUGAUGAAAGUAACUCCUGGCUUCAACAGACCCACUGUGAAUUCUGUUUUUUGAAACUUUUAACUGCAUAUUCUAUCAGUUUCCGCUGUAGUAGGUUAUUGUUAGCCAUAUAAAGAUUAUUAAAACAUGAUUUCAGCUUCCGUUAAUAUAACUAGUUAACAAAGAAACUGUUACUUUAAAUGGUACUGUAUUUUCAAAUAAACUCUUGAAGCAUGAAGUGCA